AAAAGUUACAAGAAAUUUAUAGAACUAUGGAAUAAAUGUAAACACGCGAUAAGAUAUUUAUGCAGUAAAAUGAUUAAGAGAGUGCUGAUCUUUAAAAAUCAUUUUCCAAAGAGAGUUUUGAAAAGUACUAAGUAACUCUGCUUUUCUCAUCUGAAGAGGUAACACAUUCCAUUCCUGGGAAAAACUCACAGAAAAAGUCCUUCCACCUUCUGUUUUUCGUUUCACACGAGGCUAAGCUUUAUAAACAUUGCAAGGAGCUUCAAUUUUUCACCGUGGGCAGUAAUUGCUUAGAAUACAGAAAUGCUAGCUGCUUAAUGGGAGAAGAGUUGUGGUUAAACUCGUACACAAGCCAUAUGGGUUAACUCGGUAACAACAAACUCGGUACAAAGUGAAGGGCUAGGCAGACGAAAUCGAAAAGAUUUAUGGGUUAUUGACCAACAUGGCUGGACAUUAGCCAAGUUCUUUUUUCUGCGUGUCUGUGGACCGAGGCACAAUGAGCGUUCACAAACACGCAAAAAAGGACAACACGCGUCAUUUCGUUUCUGACUCCGCAGGCUGAACAAAUUUGGGAAUCAUUUGGAGGUCGGGAUCACUUCGGGUUCGAUUUCGGGAUCAAUUCGGGACACCUGGAAAGCUUUUCGGGAACUGGUGCAGAUUAAUAGAAUAUGGUACCAUAACAAUUUGGAAUGGACAAAUUAUCACGUUCUAUGAAAGUAUCUGAUAUAGACUAUACUUUCUCAAAUAUCAGAAAGUUUCUGGGUAAACAUUGUUAACGAAAAGGGCCAUCAGAUGACAAGCGAGGGAUUGUUGAUUGAUUCUUUGGCCUCACGGGCUUCAAUUUUGGAUUCUAAACUAAAUUCAGGCGUAGCUAUGUGUAACAAGGUACUGGGGCAGUGGUCAUCGCGGUUACUUUUGAAAGAUUAAGUCAGCGGUUUGGCAAAUGAUCAAACGUUGAAAAAGAAUCAAGACGGAAAAUAAACAAACAUAAGCUGAACAGCGAGCCUGCAACAUCGCUGCAUCAAUUUUUAGAACAAUCAACUGUCCUAGCCUCGCCUGUUUGCUUGACUUAAUACAACUUAUAAUUAGGAAUUCGUCUUACAACUUGCAUGAGAGGUAACAAAAUUCUUAAUCUCCUUAAGGUACAAUGGGACCCUCCCUUGAACCAGUGUCACAGCAUCCAUAUCUUGGCGUUGAGCUAUCCUCUAAACUAGACUGGGGCCAUCAUAUUGACAGUAAGGUUACCAGAGCAAACCAAACUCUUGGCUUUCUGCAAAGAAAUCUUGGCAACUGCCCUGAAUCAAUUAAAGAAUUAGCUUAUAAAGCACUAGUGAGACCUCAUCUGGAAUAUGCAAGCCCGGUGUGGGAUCCCUGGAUUGACAAGCAUAUAAAGCAAAUAGAAGAUGUCCAACGGCGAGCUGCUCGAUUUGUGAAGAACUGUUGGCAGCGAACACCUGGAACUGUUUCCAAUUUACUUAACGAUUUGGAAUGGCCCUCCCUUCAAAACAGAAGGAAAUCUGCUUGCCUCACAUUACUUCAUAAAGCUAUUCAUGAUGAAUCAGCAUUAGAAAUUUCAUGCUGUAUCAAAAGGCGUAAUUGUCAACUUCGAUCUUUUCACAAAGACCAGUUUAUCGAACUAACUCCGAACACAGAAAGCUAUAGGAACUCAUUUUAUUGUAGAACUAUCAGAGAAUGGAACGCGUUACCUAACGAUGUUUUAGAUGUUAAAAAAAGUCACUUAUUCAAGAACGCUCUUGGAUUUUAAUUAGGUUCUAAUUUUUUAAUCUUAAUUAACUUUUCUUAGUAAUCUUUUUAAAUUAUGGU